AUCAUCGGCUUCAAGGGUGUGUGCACCCAGGCUCCGUGCUACUGUAUCUUAAUGGAGUAUUGUUCCCAGGGCCAACUCUAUGAGGUUCUGAGGGCCGGACGGAAGGUGACCCCCAGACUGCUGGUGGACUGGGCCUCAGGGAUCGCCUCUGGGAUGAACUACCUGCACCUCCACAAGAUCAUACACAGAGACCUCAAGUCACCCAAUGUGCUGGUGACCCAACAAGACACCGUGAAGAUCAGUGACUUCGGGACGUCCAAGGAGCUCAGUGAUAAGAGUACUCAGAUGUCGUUCGCUGGUACGGUGGCCUGGAUGGCCCCAGAGGUCAUCAGGAACGAACCGGUGUCUGAGAAAGUAGACAUCUGGUGA